GGACAUUCUGAAUUUAACUCGGAAGCUAAAUGGCUGCCCAUAAGGUCGCACACGCCACCUUGACAGGACCAAGUGUGGUGAAGGAGUUAAUUUUUGGAGCCGUAUUUGGACUAGCUGCUGGUACCUUGUGGAAGAUGCAUCACUGGAAUGAGCAGAGAAAAGUUCGUGCAUUUUAUGACUUGCUGGAGAAAGGUGAUAUCAGUGUGGUCGCAGAAGAAUAGUUUGUAACUUCUCUUAGUUUUACUAUUGCAACUGCUGCUGGUGCUUCCACAACUUGUGAUCUCAUCAAUUGGCUCUUGAAAUGAGCCAUGAGCAUGCCGAUUGUGGUUUCUAGAGAAUAAGUUAUUUUGUACUGAAUUUUUCAUGCAACAUCAUUGCUCAAGUUUUUUUUAAUGUGUUUUCUGCCGUUGGAUCAGUUUCUUACUUUUCUCUUAUAUAUUCAUACACCCAUAUGAUAGAACACCAGAUGGAUAAUUAUGGUUCGUUAGUUUUCA